CAAUUUAAGACAAAUUUAACAAUUUAAUUGCUAUUUUUUAAUUCUAACAAAUUAAUUAAAAUGAUCCGUAUUAUAUUGUGAACCGAAAACCGUAUCGUUUCUUCAGGGGUGAUGGCCGAUGGGCCACGGUGGAGCCCACGCCUUCCGUCUACCUUUUUCCACAAACUUCACAAUUGGCGCGAUCCUGGCAUCUCACAUGGAUCUUCUCAUCUUCCCAUCCUCGACCUUUCUCACACUUCAUUGGUCCACGUCUCCACUCCUUUCCGUCUCCGGAUAGCUUCGUCUUUAUUCCUCCCUGGCUUCUCUUCGCUUGCGUGCGUGUCCGUAUCUGAAUUGGGCUCAUGUCAACAAGCGUGAACCCGCUCGCACCCUAGCAUUCCCUCUUCAUUGACGCGUACAAAUGGAGACCUUUAUCCAUUCGCACCAAAGCCCCUUAUUAUUAUAAAUAAAAGGCGCCAUCAAAUGAAAACUUGGCCAAACCACUUACUAGGAAACAGAGUGCUGGAGAAGGAUAGAGGCAGAGAUAGAUACAUACAUAGAGAGAGAUAUACACAGACGCAGAUAAACGCAUCUCGAAAGUCCUGGUUUUUCAUCAAUGGCUUCAAGGAAGAGCUUCCUCUCCCGGUCAACUUACAUAUUUCCAGAAACCUCAGAGAUCCGCUUCGACCCCAAAUCCUCAGAGGGUGUGUUGGAAUUUGAUGAAGCUGACAUCUGGAAUGUCCCCGGCGACACGUCAGAGAGCAAGAAGGUUUUGUCGAUUUCGCGAUCGGGUCUGAAGAUACCUUCCAGGAAGGUGGAAGGUGGCGGCAGAGUGGACCCAGGGGGAUCGGCCUCGUUACCCCUGAACAUACCGGACUGGUCUAAGAUUCUGAAGGAGGAGUAUAAACAGCACCGUGAGAAGGAGAGAGACGAUGACGUUGACGAUGAAGACGAGGGCGAGGAGGACGGAGAAAUGAAGAUACCUCCGCAUGAGUAUCUGGCUAGGACCAGAGGGGCUUCUCUGUCCGUGCACGAAGGGAUCGGGAGGACCCUCAAAGGGCGAGACCUGCGCAGGGUCAGAAAUGCCAUUUGGAAGAAAGUGGGGUUUGAAGAUUAGUGUUCGAUCUCACAUCACAGUCAUUAGAGUAUAGAGAUGGUGAUCGCCUGAUCGGAAAGCGAUAACCUUUUUUUUGGGCAAUUUUGAUUUAGGAAACGAUAUGAUCAUCUAAUGGCUGUCGUCUUGGUCUAGCUUACUCUGUUUCGGAAAACCACCAUCAUGCUCUGUGUUUUCACAGACAUUUUGUCCUUCUUUUGUCUUCCUGUAUGUAAGACUAUUGGCUAGGUUGUGCGACUUUUUAAGUAGGAAGUUAAGGAGCGCUUAUGACUAUUAUUGACAAUGAGACUCCUUGAUUUUGUGUGUACAGGAUUUUAAAACCAGGACCACUCCUCUCCUCGUGCUUGUAUGAAUGCUCUUUGAAGUCC